AUGGAGAAAAUAUAUCGAAAUUCUCGGAUACUUAUAAUUAUUGGUAUUGUGAAUGUUGUAAAUGCCUUUUUGGCUGGUUGUAUUCAAGCGGAAAAGUCGUAUCAUACGGAGCAUUUCACCAAUACUCACUGGAUCACUAUCAUAUCACUUUUUGCUGGUAUCGCUUCAUCGAUCUGUCCAUCUUUUAAUCAUUUGUCCAUUCCAUUCAUCUUUGCUAUCAUCGUUGACAUAUUCGCUUUAGCUAUUUCAUUUGCUACAAUCAUUGCUGAUUUUUUUAAUGUAAUUGCUAUUUGGAAAGAUUUCGGUACAUUAACAAGGAAUGCUUUUAUUACAAAAUUACAGGUAUAUGGAUUACUCAGUUACAGUACGGUGGAUAUGAUUUUAAGUGCGGUAUCAGUAGCAUUACUGUUACUGAUACUUUCAUCUUGUUACCGUAAUUUCCUGGAUAUUCAGAUGGAAAGACAUUCCAUACAAUUUUCUAUUAUCGGUUGCACACUUAUUGCAACUUCAAUGCUUAAAUUUUUUUCCUGGCUUGCUGAAUUGUAUUUUUUACGUUCCAUUGGUAAUGUUAUUCGUUAUACAUUCAUACAUUAUACCACAGAUGAACCUCUCUGGAUUAUGCUUAAUAUAGCACUUGGUAUUUUGUGUAUACUACGAAUUCCCCCAAAUUCUCCAACAAAAUUAAUAAUUUUUUGUCUCUCUUCAAUAAGUAUUUAUCCAACUGUUACUUAUUUAUGGAUUGAUUAUCGAUGGUUUUCUAAUGCUGUAAUUUCUGGAACAACAUUUGCGAAAUGGACACCAGAUUGGUUAUCAGUGCUUAGUUUAAGUACUGGCAUUAUCCACAUUUUCUUAUUGAUUAUUCUAACUUUAACACUUAUCAGUUCAUUUCGACAGCCGCUUCACAUGAAUUUCUCUUCUCAGUUCAAAACAUUUCUGUUCAUCUCAAGUAUAAUAGCAGGCGGAAUUUCUAUUGCACUUUUUGCAUUCGAUAUUAUAUCAAUUCGUUUGGAGGCAUUUUAUAAAAUUUUUCAUGGAAAUGAGCAAAAAACACCAUUCUUGACAACUUUAGCUACCAUAUUCCUAUUUUUUGCUUCCAAUAGGAAGGUCAAUUUCUUCGUGAUCCCUGCACUGCUAACCACAUUACUAUUCUGUAUUCAAUCAACAACUUUUCUACUUAUCUCAUACCUCUAUCUAUCAUGGAAUGGAUAUUAUGCUGAUGAAGUAUGUGAAAUAUUUUAUCGUGGUUCUGCCUGGUGUACGAGCUAUUUAACUAUACCUGGUGCCAUAUCACAUUUCAUUGAAACACUUUUGUAUUUUUGUGUUUUUGUUGCAUCCUGUAGUAUGGUUUACAUUAUUUGGCGAAUGGUACAAAUAAAUCCACGUCGUGGUGCCUAUAAUAUUGAUGAAAAAAGUAUUGCGGCUAUAAAAUUGGAGAAAUUAAUUGAGAAAAUUGGCUUGGCUUUGUUGAUUGCUGGUGCCGGAGUGCUUAUUGUUACUAUGUAUGAAUUUAUAUGGAACUCAUCGAGACAUCCAUUAAUUGUUUUGCUUACCUCACUUUAUCAUCUCUCUCUUACUAUAACUCUUCUCAUUUUUCCUCUUUAUCAGAUUGUCAUUAGUCGAGAACUGUAUGCAAAUUUGUUGCAUUGCACAUGCUUGCUGAUGAUUAAUGCAGUUCGUUUCGCCGACAUCUUGACGCAGCUAGACUAUCGAAAUAUUGGUGAAGUAACAAGUUGGUCAUGGAGGAUACACAAUACAACGGAAGUAUUCGCAUUAGGUGCUCAUUUUGCAACAAUCGUAUGGUGUCUUAGGAUUCUUGAUAUAGUUAAUAAUACUAGAAUUUCUCAUAUGUCACAACCCUUUGUGGAAUUCAGAAAUCCACUAAGUACAGACCAAAUGGCUCAACAUUAUACUUAUUCGGUUCAAGAUGUGUAA